AUGACGUCACAGCCAUCCGAUGACGUCAGCACUGUGGCCCCCGCCCUGCCCUGCCGCCAUGACGUCACCACUGGGGGGGCACCAAUCCCCGCUCAGCUCCCGCCCCUUCCCUCUCUCCCCAUUGGUCCGCGCCUCUGCCCUCCACCUCCCAUUGGCUCGCGCUGGGGGCCGCUAAAAGCGGGCGGGGCUCGCGGAGAGGCUCAGCGCGGCGGGCGGGCGGUAACGACAGCGGCGGCUGCUCCGCGCUUGGAACCCGAACCGGAACCGAACCGGAACCGAACCGGAACCGAACCGGAACCGGAGCCCCUCGGGGCAGCGUCCGGUGCCCUCCGCACCCGCCCUGGGGGGAGCCCCGGGCAGGCCCGGCCGCUAUGGGGCUUGUGGGGUGAUUUGGGCCUCAUCCCUUGUGUGUGUCCUCCACAGGAGACUCGUGGUGGUGCCUGGCAGACCUCGAACGUGGAGAACCUCCCCCCCCACAUCCUGCGCCUGCUCUACCGGGAGCUCUCCCUGCUCAGCGCCGACCCCCCCGCCGGCAUCAAGCUCUGCCCCAACGAUGAGGACGUCACCGACGUGCAGGUCACCAUCGAGGGGCCCGAGGGCACCCCAUACGCCGGGGGGCUCUUCCGGAUGAAGCUGGUGCUGGGCAAGGAAUUCCCGGCGGCUCCUCCCAAGGGAUUCUUCCUGACCAAGAUCUUUCACCCCAAUGUGGGGCCCGGGGGGGAGAUCUGCGUCAAUGUGCUGCGGAGGGACUGGAGAGCGGAACUGGGGCUGCGCCACGUCCUGCUGACCAUCAAGUGCCUCCUGAUCCACCCGAACCCCGAAUCCGCCCUCAACGAGGAGGCCGGGAGGCUCCUGCUGGAGAACUACGAGGAGUACGCGGCCCGCGCCCGCCUCCUCACCGAGAUCCACGCCCGGGGCCCCCCCCGCGCCCCCCCCGACGCCCCCUCCACAUCCGGGCCCCCCCAACCCCCACCCCCACUGCCCCCCGACGGGCCCCAGCCCAAGAAGCACGCGGGGGACAGGGACAAGAAACCUGCCCCCCCCAAGAAGAAAGUGGACAAGAAACGGGCCCUAAGGAGGCUUUGAAGGGGGGGGAAGGCACCCCAAAUACC